UGAUGCCCCUUGACUGGUCUGAGCAGAAGACACUGAGGAGGUCCAUAAAAGUUGCCUGCAGAUAUGUGAGUCUUCUUGACAAGUGGUCCACCCUAGGUCAAACUUCUAGAAAAGUAACAGUAGGAAAGAGCCUAAAUGAGUAGGAAGAAACCGAAAGCCAGAUCUAAGACUUGCUCAAUCCUGGCCCUUCUUCAGAGGCCAAACCACAUUCUAAAGGGGCUUAGGAGGAGGGUGGUCAAUAUGAGGGUCUUUUAUUAGAGGAGAAGUAAUCACACCCAAACAAAAGCGGCUGCCUUUUCACUAUUCCAUGUCUCACCAUUUGCUCAAGCUGGUUUGUGUAUUUUCAUCCUAACAUUUGUUAAAGACCCCACUCGCUUUUGAGAAUGAACUAAGCAAGCUAAGGGGAAGCUACUGUUGCCCCUGCAAACACCAAGUAGGCUGUUACCUAAUGCCACAGCCCUGUGCCUGUCUCCAACAUAUCUCCAUAAAGCAUCACCUUAGAAAACCGCAAAGACUGCUGCGGCGUGGAGGGCGAGGUCUUAGGCCAGCGGAACCCUAAAAGCCCGGCUGAGGCGGAAUGCUGUCGGGACCGGAAAGAGGACCUCCUGGACAGCACCGGGCUGAAGACUUCCGCCCCGCAGAGGACCUGCCUCCACCCCCACCUCCAAGUCCGCCCAACUCUACUUCUGCGCAGACUCCAGGAGUUGUUUGCUGUCUCUAUAGCAACCCGGUAGCUGGAGUCCGAAGAUGGAGACCAACGAGUCUACGGAGGAAUCGCAAUCGCGAGCUUUAGACAUACAGCCCAGCUCCGAAGGACUGGGGUCCACUUUGGAACCGUUACCUUCUUCAGAUGACAGUCCUAAGUCGGCCCUGGCAGCCGCAACUGCAGCAGCUGCAGCGGCUGCAUCAGCUGCUGCAGCUACUGCAGCCAUCACCACCGCCAAAGCAGCUGCGUUACCUACAAAGACCCCAGCGCCCUAUUCUGAGUUCAUGGAGCCCUCCUCUGACCCUAGCCUUCUUGGGGAGCCCUGUGCGGGACCCAGCUUUACCCACAAUAUAGCCCAUGGGAGUCUUGGCUUUGAGCCCGUCCAUGUUUCCUGUAUUGCUCAGGACCCUUGUACUACAACUGACUAUAAUUCUAACCCUGGCCUUGUUCCAGGCUCUAGCUCUGACCCUGUUCUUAGCUCUAGCUCAGGUGCUGACCAUGGCUCUGGCUCUGGCUCUGGCUCUGGUCCUGGCUGUGGCUCUGUCCCUGGCUCUGGCUCUGGUCCUGGCUCUGGCUCUGUCCCUGGCUCUGGUCCUGGUCCUGGCUCUGGUCCUGGUCCUGGCUCUGGCUCUCUUGCUGGCUCUGGCUCUCAUCCUGGUCCUGCAUCUGGACCUGGUCCAGGCACUGGCCCUGACUCUGAGCUCAGCCCCUGCACUCCUCCAGCGUUCAGAAACCUGAUGGCAGAUCUGGUCUCUAGUGAUACCUCCUGGAGUCAGCACUGCCCUUGGAAGCCCCAGAAACAACCAUCUUGGGAAUUUUUGCAAGUCUUAGAACCAGGUGCCCGAGGAAUACGGAAACCCCCAGAUGUUAAAGGGAAGCCUACGGAUCUCUAUGAAACAUUGCCACGGGGCCAGUGCCUCCUCUACAACUGGGAGGAAGAGAGAGCCACCAACCACCUGGAUCAAGUCCCAAGCAUGCAGGAUGGCUCUGAGAGUUUUUUCUUCCGACACGGACACCAGGGACUGCUGACCAUGCAACCAAAGUCACCCAUGCCCUCCAGUACCACCCAGAAAGACUCAUACCAGCCCCCAGAAAACAUCUAUUGGCCACUUCGAGGGAAGCGUGAAGCCAUGCUGGAGAUGCUCCUGCACCAUCAGAUCUGUAAAGAGGUGAAGGCAGAACAGGAACCCACAAGGAAGCUCUUUGAGGUUGAAUCUGUGACACACCAUGACUACCGAAUGCAGCUGGCAAAAGCAGGGCCUCCUGCCCCAACAAAGCCUCACGACUACCGCCAGGAGCAGCCUGAGACCUUCUGGAUCCAGAGGGCACCACAGCUACCGGGUGUCAGUAACAUCAGGACAUUGGACACACCAUUCCGGAAGAACUGCAGCUUCUCAACACCAGUGCCCUUGUCUCUGGGGCAACCUUUGCCCUAUGAACCUGAGAAUUACCCCCACCAACUGGGAGAAAUAUCCUCCCUUGCCUGUAAGGGAGGAAGACUGGGUGGUGGAGUGGGGAGAACGACUCCUGUCUGAGGGGGUGAGGCGGGAAGUGGGAUAUGGAAUAUGAAUCUAUUUCUGUCUGCACUAGAGAGGUCGGGAGGAAGUUAAUUCUCACUGUACUUGAAGAGGCUUUACAUAAAGCAUUCUCUCUGAUCCCGAGA